CAUAUGCUGUUGAAUUUCUUGUGGUAAUGCUGCAAGCGGCUUUAUUUUUGCAAAAUUCCAUUUCGAAAAACGGUUUAACGAAGAAACCGACAUAUUUAAGAUGCCUGUUAUGUUUAUUGUCGAAGCUUGUAAUUAAUGGGCAAAAACCAGAACCUGCAAAAUGGACAGAACGCUACGAAAAGGUCUUUCGUCCUGUUGAAACCAAGCUGGAUUCUGCCGGUUUGGAAAGUGCACGCAAGAGAAAACGUCGAACAUCACAGGAAGUAGAAUGUCAACCGUUUACAUCCAUUUUGGAAGUGAAUUUAUUUAAGUUGGAUCUGGUAAAAGAAGCAUGGGCCAAAGAAAUGCUUGGCUGUGAUAUGAAGGCGCUUGCCGACAGUCUGAAGCCGUUUCGCGGCUCCAGAAUACUGGAAAUCGGAUGCGGCGAAGGCUAUUUUACCGAAGCACUUUUCGACUUGGGCGCCGAAGCAACCGGAUAUGAUCUUAACGAACACAUGAUAGAAAAGGCGAAAUCUAGAAUCAAGGAAACGCGCAAUAAAAUCGACGAUGGCCCAGAAUUCUUGUGCAUGCCUUUGCAAGAACUGGUUGCUUCCCGACCUGAAGAUUACGAUAUUGUUGUUUGCAACCCGGAAGCGUUUGGCUACAUGAUAGCGCACAAACAUAAAUUUGUAGAAUGGUGUUGCGGCCUUGUACGCAACGAAGGAUGUAUAAUUUUUGGGGUUAUUGACAAAUCGUUGUCGGCCAUAAUGCAGUGUGUAGUUAUUCCGGAGAUAGUUUUAAAAUGCACACUGCCAAAUUCCCAUCAUGCCGAUACAUUCAUCACCUGGAAAACUCUUGAUCGACUGGUCACCAAAUCCGGUUUUGGACGGGCAAAUCUGGCUGGAAUGAAAUUUACCGCUGGAUCACCGAUUGCUUUAUGCGAAAAAAUCGAUCAGUUGAAUGGCUUCUAUUUUUAUGUUGGGAAAAAGAUCUUUAACAACCUGUGGCCGAAAAAAUAAAUAUAUUUUAUAAAGAGUUCUUUCGUUUUCCUUCUUUUUCAGCGAUGACGACGGUGGUAGUUCUGCACGUGCACGAUAAAGUUUUGCUUUGUUGAGUCGACAUCGCGCCGUACAAAUCUGGAAACACUUGAUAUGAGUCUUUGUUGGUGAUAGAUUUUAUUGUCCAUUGCUCCACGUGCAUUUCUUAGCUUAAGGACAAAAUACGUUAUUUUGACAGAAAAACAGGUUCCAAACCUGGUUGGACAUUAAAAAAUGGAA